AUGCCCAGUCGACGAGCUGAACGACGCAUUCGCGAGUAUCUAUCGCAUUUGAUACCCGUGCCACUACUCCAUGUACCAGAAAGCGACCGGAGCUGGUUUGACGACGCUAGAGCCGAGGCACUCGGAGGCGUCGACGAAGAGCCAGACCCGACAUCACUUCUAGAGAGGAGUCUCUUUCGUGUGCCUGCGGUGGGACUGAGAGGUCGGCGAAUUGAGCUUAUCUUCGGGUUGGAGAAUACCAAUGAGCAGGACGUUCGGCGAUUCUUCCAACACAUAGGUGAAGCUCUACGUGCUAUACCUUCCGCAGAACUCAAUGCUCAAGCAGCUAUCGACCAGACAACCCAGGCGAUUGCUGACGCCGAGGAAAGAUUGCGCGUGAUUCGCGCCGUCGAAGCCGAUCGCACAGCGCCCCCAGCUGUGGACACGUCGCAAGGCAUGCGUCGUGGCAGCGCAGAGGAGGAAGACGAGGAGAUGGCACGGCGAAUAAUGCAGGCGGGACUGCGACAAGCCAGGCCGGCGGUUGCGGAUGCGGCCCUACAACCUCCUGCGGCGACUGCGGCGGCCCCGAUCGCGGUAUCACGUGAGGACGAUGAGCGGCGGUUAUCAGAUCGAGAGUCUCAGCGGGGACAUACACCGCCAGCGUUGCGACGCCGCGACAGAUUGUCUGAGCAACAACACGACGCGAUCCUUUCGAGCGCAGGCCGCAUUACAAGAGCGAUCGGCUUCCUGGAGCAGCUUCGCCGGAUGGAAGAGAUGACCAUUGAUAGUUCUGACAUAGUUGAGCGAGUGCAAGAGGUCGAAGAUGCCGUGAACGCUUUGUGGCGGGGUGUUGAGGACGACAGGCUGCGGCGAGGGCGCAUUCGCUUCAUGCGUCGCGACUCUUAA